AUGGACGUAUUUGGGAUCUUUAUCUCUCCAUUUGUGCAAGCUACGAUUGAUAAAUUGUCCUCUUAUUUAAUCAACUUAGUGAGCACAGCGGACGUUGGCACUAGCAUCCAGAAUCUGAAGAAGGCAUUAGAGGAUUUAGAGACUCUGUUGGCUGAUGCAGAGAACAAACAAGUGUACGAUAAGGAUAUCAAAAAGUGGCUAGAAGAGGUUCAAUCUUUGGCUUACGAUGCAGAUGACUUGUUGGAUGAUUUUGCCACUGAAGCUCUUGAAAGGAAGCUAAUGGCGGAGGAGACAACGAUGGGAAGAAGACCAGCUAAGUUUCCACGUCUCUCUUCUAUUGUUCCAUUCAAUUCAAAAACUGGAUCAAAGCUAAAUGAGAUUACAAGUCAAUUACAAGAAGUUGCUACAAAAGCAAAAGAUCUUGGUUUGGAUAAAAGACCUGCUGGGAGGAUGUCUACAGAUCUAUGGCAGAGAUCACAAACUACAUGUUUGAAAGAGCCUCACAUUCAUGGCAGAGAUGAAGACAUGAAGCAAAUUAUCGAAUUGCUACUUGGGGAUGCACCUACUGCAAAAAAGUUUGAUGUAAUUCCUAUUGUCGGCAUGGGUGGGAUCGGCAAGACUACACUAGCUCAGCACAUUUAUGAUCACGACAAAGUGGAAAAGCAUUUCAAUAUGAAAGCAUGGGUUUGUGUUUCUGUUGACUUUGACAUUCUAGGAACAACAAAGGCAAUUCUCGAGUCAUUCACUCACCGUCCAUGUGAUUUGGGCAAGUUAAAUGAGGUUCAAGUCCAACUAAGAGACACACUGGCAGAAAAAAAGUUUUUGCUUGUCCUAGAUGAUGUGUGGCACUAUGGACAUGAUGGGUGGAAUUCGCUACGAUUGCCAUUUGGAGCCGGAGCACCUGGAAGUAAAAUCAUUGUGACAACGCGAGAAGGAGUUGUUGCAAAGCAGAUGGGUAUGGAUGAAUAUCUCAACUUGAAAAAGUUUUCAUAUGAUGAUUGUUGGUUAAUCUUUUACCAUCAUGCAUUUGAGAAUAGAAAUAUCAUGGAAUGCCCAGAAUUGGUAUCAAUUGGGAAGAAAAUUGUUGAGCAUAGGUGCGGAGGCUUGCCCUUGGCAGCUAGGGCCCUUGGCAGCUUAUUACAAUGUAAACAAGAAGAGCAUGAAUGGAAAGAAAUACUAAAUAGCAAUAUAUGGAAUGAGGAAAGUGGCAUUCUCUCAGCAUUGAAAUUGAGCUACCUUCAUCUCCCUUCCCAUUUGAAGAGGUGCUUUUCUUACUGCGCAAUUAUCCCAAAGGACUACGAAUUCAAGGAGGAGGAAUUAGUCUUGCUAUGGAUGGCUGAAAGUUUAAUUGAGCAACCAAAAGUUGGAGACGAAAUGGAAGAUUUAGGCCGCAAGUAUUUUCACGAAUUGGUGUCAAGAUCAUUUUUUCAACCGUCAAGUGGUAACAAAUCGAAAUUCAUAAUGCAUGACCUCAUCAAUGAUAUGGCUCAAGAUGUCGUGGGGGACAAAUGUUUUAGGUUGGAGAAUAAUUUGGAGUAUGGCAGGCAUGACAAGAUUUCGGAAAAAGCUCGACAUUCAUCUUACGUUGGUAGCACUUAUCAAGGAAUCAAAAAAUUUAAAGUUUUUGAUGAUGCCAAAUGCUUACGAACAUUCUUAGAAUUUUUGCCACAACAACAAUUUCACUACGUAACGAGGUACUUGAUACAUGAUUUGUUGCCAAAUUUAAAAUGCUUACGCGAGUUGCGUUUGUGUGGUAUUGGUAUAAUUGAACUACCAUAUUCCAUUGGAGAUCUAAAGCAUUUGCGGUAUCUUGAUGUAUCCGGUUCUAGGAUUACAAGGUUACCUGACACAGUGGUAACUCUCUACAAUUUACAAGUCUUAUUUUUGAAAUUUUGUCUUCAACUUCAGAAGCUGCCUCUAAACAUGGGGAGGCUAGUGAACUUGCGCCAUUUUGACAUGACUGGCGUGGAUAUUCCAUCAUCAGAAGAGAUGUCGCUACAUAUAGGUAAAUUAACUAAUCUCCAAACAUUGUCAAAUUUUAUGGUGGGUAAAGAUUGUGGGCGUAAAAUAAGAGAGUUGAAAAACCUAUCGCACAUUCGAGGGGCAAUACACAUAUCAAGACUGGAGAAUGUCAGUGGUGUUAAGGAUGCAAGGGAUGCCAAUUUAAUGUCUAAGGAGGAGUUAAAAGAGUUAUCACUAGAAUGGGAUGAAUCUCACCGUUCACAGAAUGACAUAGUUGAGAGGGAUGUGCUUGACUUGAUGAGACCUUUCAAAUUGUUGGAACGACUCACCAUCAUUGGGUAUAGCAGUACAAAAUUUCCAAACUGGGUUGGAGAUGUUUCAUACUCUAAAAUGGUGUUCAUGCGAUUAAAAGGUAGCAAAUAUUGCAUAUCUUUGCCACCACUUGGACAACUACCCUUGCUUAAAGACCUUUACAUUGAAGGAAUGAGUGCAAUAAAGCGCCUGGGUUGUGAGUUCUAUGGGCAGCAGUGUGGUGCCAAACCUUUCCCCUCUCUAGAGAGACUUUGCUAG